AUGAUCCUCAUAACAUGCACUCAGUUUCUUCUCGUUCUUACGUUGGCGCAGGCAGCAAAUAUUCUGAUUUAUAGUCCAUCGUAUACAAAAAGUCAUUUGAUAUCUAAUGGACGAAUGGCCGAUACUUUAGCUGAAGCUGGACAUAAUGUGGUCAUUUUCGUACCAAUCAUGGAACCAAUCCAUUUCAAUGCAACAAAAUACGCUAAAAUAAUUCGUAUGGAGAACGUUUUCGCUUUCGAAGCUAAAAUGGAUCAGAUGAAGCAAGAUAUUUUCACCAAAACAAUAACAUUGAAAGAUCGCAUGGAGUGGGUUGAUAUAUCUGCCAAAUUUUGUGAAGCGAUACUCAAACGUAAAGACGAUCUCGAUCAGUUACGUAAAUAUAAUUUCGAUGUUGGAUUCAGUGAACAAUUGGAAUAUUGCGGUGUAGGAAUAAUCCGUUAUUUGGGUAUCAAAAAUCAUAUUUGGGUAUCAUCAAUGCCUCUAUUGGUGACGACAACGUACACGCUUGGUGUUCCCAGCCCGAUAUCAUGGCUAGAACANGUUUACGUGCAUCGAGCAAGAAUGGUCUUACAGACCGAAAAGUUUCGGGCAUUGAUAGAUCCGAACUUCCCGGAUCUUCAGGAUGUAGCUGCAGAUUCAGCGAUUUGCUUUGUAAACACUGAUGAGUUCUUGGAUAUACCCCGACCAAUCUUGCACAAAGUCAUCUACGUUGGUGGUAUUGGUGUGCCGUUGAAACCGUCUCCACUACCUGAGAAAUUCGAGAAAUUAAUGCAGAAAGGUGAUAAAGGUGUGGUGUUGUUCUCACUUGGAACUAUUGUACCGUCUUCAGCUAUUCCGAUGAAUAUUCGAGUGGACAUUAUCAGAGCAUUUAGUGAAUUCAGUGAUUUUCACUUCUUGAUGAGAGUGGACGAGAACGAUAACGAAACUGAUCAGGUGAUAAAGGAUAUGGGUGUAGGCAAUGUUGAGUUGAUCGGAUGGAUGCCACAAUCAGAUUUACUCGGUCAUCCUCGCAUGAAAUUGUUCAUAAUGCAUGGUGGAUUGAAUGGUAUGAUAGAGACGGCGAUACGAGGAGUACCUCUGCUCGUCAUACCGUUCUUCGGUGAUCAGUUCCAUAAUGGAGCUGCGGCUGAGCAUCGUGGAAUUGGUUUGGCAUUGCAAAGAAAUGAUCUCAACUAUGCUCAAAUGAAGAAGGCACUCACACAGCUGCUCAUAGAUGAAAAGUAUCUAAAAGCAGCACGUCGGCUGUCAGAAAUGAUUUGCAAUAAACCGAAUAAACCUGAAGAGCAGUUGAUCAAGUGGACCAAUUACGUAAUCAAAUACGGACCGUUGCCCGAACUCCAAGUGGAGGGAGCGAAGUUCAGUGUAAUUAAGUACUUUGGUUUGGAUAUAUUUGCAGCGUUGUUAUUGUUGAUAGUCAUUGUGCUUGCUGUGAUUGUUAGGAUCAUUAGAAGAUUAGUUGCGUUAUUUCGCAGAACGAGGGAUUAUUUGAGGAAGAAAGAUGUUUGA